UCAAGCAGGCCAGCCGAUGAAAUCACGUCUGCGUUCUGUAAAAAUGCCAGAGUCGGCGGACUGACAUAAAUAAUUGUUUAUCGCAUUAAUAGGCUCUUGGAUGUCAAUGUAUUGUUAUAUAAGAAUGGGAUCGGAUACAAAAACUCCAACAAGGAACUGCUCUUGCUUUGCUUUUUGUGGAGCUCUACUUCUGAUUUUCGGAAAUCAAGCUUUUGCUCAGAUUAGGUACUCUGUUCCAGAGGAGGUGAAAGACGGAACUGUUGUUGGAAACGUUGCGAAGGACCUUGGGCUUGACAUCAUUUCUCUGAUUGAUCGACGGUUCCGUGUUGUAGCUGGAAGUAAAGACGCUAUUUUUGAGGUAAACCAGCAUAAUGGGGCGUUGUACGUCCAUAAUCAAAUUGACAGAGAAGAGCUCUGUCAAGGCAGCGGUGCCUGUCUAAUGGAGCUGAAAAUCCUUGUUGAAAACCCUUUGGAAAUACACUAUGUAGUUGUAGAAAUUACUGAUGUAAAUGAUCACUCUCCCGCUUUUCCUGAAAAUGAACAGACAUUUGAAAUAGCAGAACAUACGUUGCCAGGAAAGCGAUUUCAGUUGCACACUGCUCGCGACCCGGAUGCUGGAAUUAACUCGAUUCGUACAUACACUUUAACAUCAAAUGAACAUUUUGAAGUAAAUAUCCGCCAAAGUGAUGCCGGUAAAAUACCAUUUUUAGUCCUUAAGAAGUCAUUAGACAGAGAACAAAAGAACAAACACGCGCUACUUGUCACAGCAGUUGAUGGAGGUAAACCUCCAAGAACAGGCACACUGAAUGUUUCCAUUAUUGUUCUUGACAGUAAUGACAAUCGUCCGAUAUUUAGUCAGGAGAUUUACCAAACUGAACUACAAGAAAACGUUCUAGUUGGCACUUUUGUAUUUAGAAUGAAUGCCACGGAUCCAGAUGAAGACACGAAUGGACAAAUUGAAUACAGCUUUGGAAAAACCUUAAGGCGUGAAGUCUAUGACAUUUUUGUACUGCACAAAUUAACUGGAGAAAUUAGAGUAAUUGGAGUAGUGGACUAUGAAGAAAACGACUUAUAUGAACUGGACGUUGAGGCAUCAGAUAAAGGAACACCUCCACUGACAGGUGAGUGUAGGGUCAUUGUAAAAAUAAAAGAUGUCAACGAUAAUCCGCCGGAAAUAGAAGUUACAUCACUGUCAAAUACAGUGUCUGAAGACUCAAAGCCUGGCACAACUAUUUCACUUCUUAGUGUGCGAGAUAAAGACUCCGGUGUGAAUGGAAAAACUAUUUCACACAUUGUCAAUGACGUGCCUUUUGACUUAAAGCCGUCCUAUAAAGAGAGCACGUAUUCAGUUGUUACUAAAGAUUUUUUGGAUCGAGAGCAGGUGCCACAGUACGAAAUAUUAAUAAAAGCAACCGACUGUGGCGAGCCUCCCUUAUCUACCUUUAAAACUCUGAACAUUCAGAUAUCAGAUGUAAAUGACAACAGUCCACAUUUCGAACAAACCACUUUAGAAGUUUAUCUUGCAGAAAAUAAUGUUGCCGGAAAGUCAAUAUUCUCUGUAAGCGCAACAGACAGUGAUCUGAAUGACAAUGCAGCAGUUUCUUACCAUAUUAUAAGAGAAAGGACUCAAAAUGACAUAAAGUCUUUCCUAAAUAUAAAUCCUGACAAUGGACUCAUUUCAUCCUUAAAAAGUUUUGACUUUGAAACACUGAAAACUUUCCACUUCCACGUUGUUGCGUCAGAUUCUGGAACACCGUCACUAAGCAGCAACGUCACUGUGAACGUGUUCAUUCUGGAUCAGAACGACAACACUCCAGUCAUCCUGUAUCCAGUCAGCUCUAACGGUUCUGCUGAAGGUGUGGAGGAGAUUCCCCGCAACGUGAACGCAGGACACUUGGUGACUAAAGUCAGAGCCUAUGACGCUGAUAUAGGAUAUAACGGCUGGUUACUGUUUUCACUGCAGGAAGUUACUGACCACAGUCUCUUUGGUUUGGACCGCUAUACAGGACAGAUCAGAACACUUCGCUCAUUCACAGAGACAGACGAGGCUGAGCAUAAACUGGUCAUACUGGUCAAAGACAAUGGAAACGUUUCACUCUCAGCAACAGCUACUGUGAUUGUCAAACUUGUGGAGCCCAAAGAGGCUUUUGCAGCUUCUGAUGUGAAAAGUUCAGCAAAAGCAGAUGAGGAUAAUAAUGUGACUUUUUACCUGAUGAUAACUUUGGGCUCAGUUUCAGCACUUCUUCUCAUCAGUAUCAUCGUGCUGAUUGCAAUGCAGUGCUCAAAAUCCACAGACUAUACUUCUAAAUAUCUACAAGAGACUAAUUACGAUGGGACACUGUGUCACAGCAUCCAGUACAGAUCUGGAGACAAACGGUACAUGUUAGUUGGACCCAGAAUGAGUAUAGGAUCUACUAUAGUCCCGGGCAGCCAUGCAAAUACACUAGUGCUUCCUGACAGGAGGAGAACAUCUGAAGAGGUAAGACCAUGUUUAAAUGCUAUCACUCAAGCUGUUUUGCAGUUACGGUUACACAAUCUCAUUUAAAUUCAUAUCCAAAUAUCAGGGGUCUCAGUG